AUGGACACGAUUAUUUCUGUGCAGAAGGCGAUCGUGUUGAAUGCGAACCAGUAUGGUCAUUGGAAGGCUCGCAUGAAGCAGAUGAUUCGAGGAAUCAAUGAAGAUGCGUGGAUAGCUGUGGAGAUUGGUUGGGAGGAGCCUACCAUAGUCACAGGAGGUGAGAAGAAGCCUAAACCAAAAGAGGAUUGGUCAGAGGCAGAACGCAAUUUAUCAAAAUUUAAUGCAAAGACGUUGUCGGUGAUUUUUGGAGCUGUUGAAGCAGAGCAGUUUCAGCUGAUUCAGGGGAGUACUUCGGCUAAAGAGGCGUGGGAGAUCCUGCUGAAUUCGUUUGAAGGAGAUAAGAGUGUCAAGAGGAUACGUCUAGAUCAUCUUGGGUUGCAGUUUGAGAAUCUCAGGUGGUCUGAUAAUGAUUAUGUGGCGAGCUUUAGGGCCAAACUCAGUGGUAUGGCGCAUGAAGCAUUUGUACUUGGAAAGAAGUACAAGGAGAAGAAGCUGGUAAAGAAGUUACUACGCUGUCUUCCAACGAAGUUUGGAGCUCACAAGGCGGUCUUACAGAUGACUACAAAUACGGAUGAGCUCAAGUUUGACAAGCUUGUGGGUAUGUUGAAGGCACAAGAGAUGGAGACAGAUAGUAGUUCAGUCUCUACAUCAGGUGGUGCAUCAAGGAGUAUAGCUCUUGCUGCUGAUAAAGAUGGAGAUAGAUCUCCGAAUGUUGAAGAUGCUAUGGGGAUGUUGGCUAGGAAUCUGAGUAAGAUGAUGAAUUAUUUUGGUGGGAGGAAUCAGUAUGGUCGUCAAGGAGGUGAUCUUGGCAAUAUCAGAAGAAGAGAACGUCUUAGAUGCUAUGAGUGUGAAGGGGUUGGUUAUAUAAAGGCUGACUGUCCUAUAGCACAACGGAGAGAACUAAAGUGUUCUGAGUGCAGAGGUGUUGGACACACACGGCGUGAAUGUCCAAAUUCAAAGAAGGGAAAAGGAGUUUCAUUGCAGUCGUCUGAUGAUUCAGAGUCUGAAGAAGAUGGAAAGGUGUUGAAGAAUAUGGUUGCAUUUGGUGCACGCAAGGAGGGAUCUAUUAAAUCCAUUGAUUCAGAUCUCAGCACAGAUGAUGAGGAGUAUCACGUGCUGCUUAACAAGUGGUUGAGGGUCAAGGAUCAGAAUCUGAGAUUGGAGGAUAUGGCUCAGAAGCAGAACGAGUUGCUUGAAGAACUUUGUGAAGAACUUGCGGCUGUGAAAUGAGAAGAAUGAGUCUCUUGAGUAGGAAAAUAGCAAGCUGAGAAAAGUUGCUGCUGGUGAACAAGAGAGAGCAAGGAUGCUGGAACGUGAUUUGGCUGAGAAUCGCAAACAGAUCAGGAUGCUUAACAGUGGAUCCAAGGACUUGGAUAAGAUACUCUCGAUGGGAAAACCAGCCAAGGUGAACUGGGGACUGGGAUAUCGAGGAGCUGAGAGUACUAAGGAAGUACAACAUAAUGGACUAUCACAUUUCGUGCAUGGGAGCACAUCAAAAAGUGGAGCCAAAGGAGCUUGUCAGGAAGUACGUCGGGACGUACGACAGGAAGUAAGGCAGAAAGUUCUACAGCGCGCAGCUGUGAGUAACAAGCCAAAAGUAGUACAUCAGUGCAACAACAUGAAGUUCAGACAGGAGGUUCUGAAGCAUGGUUGUGCAGCUGGUACAAGGAAAGAGACUGAUCGGUGCAUCAGCAACUGUGUCAGACCAAGCAAGAAGCAGCAUCGGAUGUGCUGUUGGUUCUGUGGGAAGGUUGGACACAAGAAGGUGGAGUAUUUUGCUCGUGAGAAGAGCAGAAACAUGGUCAAGAAGGUGAACAAGACGUUCACUAAGCCCAGGAGGGUUGAAAAGGUGUCUUUAGCCAAGAGUAGCUUACUUGAUGAGAUCAAGGAUGAGACAUCAGAAGAUAGAUGCAGCUCUGUUAGGAGUGAUCUUCAGGAAGAUCAAGAAGCAUCAAGCGUGGAGUCAGGACACGAAGUUGUAUGUGACACAAAGGGGAAGGAGAUCGAAGUGCAUCAGGAAGUGGUGCGAGAUGAUCUUCAGGGGUGUGAAAUCACUCCAAGACAAUAGCAACGAGUGCAGAGGGCACUCGGUGCGGAUGGGGAAGGGAUCAUGGUCAAGGAGACGACACAUGAAGGUAGCCAGUUCCUCAACAGAAGUGGGUCGAGAGGUAGCUCGACAUGUGCAUCAGAUCGUGAUGCAGUACUUGUUAUUCCGCUGCAGCAGGGGCUGUGUCAUGAUUAUACAUGAAGAAACAGACGGUGGGUCUGUAAGGCUUGACAUCUAAGCAUAUGUUUUAGCUUAGUGUGCAAUCAAGCAGGGGGAGAAUGGUGAUGUUCUGGUCCAAGAGUAUGCAUAUCUCAUGGGGGAGAAAAGCAUAGUGUGGUGCACAUCUCGUGGGGGAGAAAAGCACAUUUGGUAUGAAAGUUUGCAGGUGAGGAACGUGGUUGCAACGUGGUUGCUGAACUAGAAGAGUGUUGUGCUUGAUCGGCACACAAAGCUAAAAGGGGGAGAUUGAAGAUGUAAGAUGUCUGCCCUGAAGUAGUCGCUGACAUAGUUGCUGAAGCAGACGUCGUAGUGAGUGGUGAAGACCAUGUGAAGUCAAGAUGAUGAGCUGGAGUCGUGUAGACUUGGAGAGCAAGGGAGUAUCUUGGAGAUAAGGAAAGAAGAAUAAACUUGAGGAGCAAGUUUAUGACUUAAAGAAAGAGGAAUAAGUGCAUUCCAAGAAAAGGAAAGUUGCACUUAUUGUUAUGGAAGAUGUCCAUACAUGUUUUGGAGACUGUGGUUUCAGGAACGUGAAGAAUAAUAUAAGAUAGUUAUGGGGUCAUCUGUAGAGAGACAGAGACACGGAGGCUGAUCUUAUAGAGAGAGAGAAGUUCUUGGAGGUGUUUUUGGGUCGUGCUGAAGCAGUGGCUGAAGUACUUGACGGAGAAGAGACAUAAGCGGGUAGCUUAGGAAUCUUUCAGUAGCGUGUGUUAGGGUGUUAACACUAGACGUGUAAAAGGUGAAUAAGCAAGUCUUGUAAAGAUUAUUUAAAGGAGAUUCUAAUAAAAGCAUUGGUGUUUGCUUGUGUAUUUGUCUCUUGAUUUAUCUUCUGCAUUACCUAUUGUUGUGUCAUGUUUGCACUAACAUACUAUAUAAUUCAUAGCCAGUUCGAUGAAUUUAAAAUAAUACCGAACGCAGUGCCACAAAGUUAGCUUUUGGGUUUGUCCUUAAAACACACCAUUGACAAACCUAAGCGUCUGAACUAGUCAUGUUCAUUACUCAGCUAUUGUCGGUUAUGGUUAUGCAGCUACUUCUGUCUCUUCAUCUUCGUUUUUGGGUUUCUGAAAACCAUCAUCCUAAAUCCUACCCAUUCUCCAUAGAAACUCAUGUCGGCAAAGCCUCGAAACAGAUAUGCAUUCGUUCGCCAUCUAAUCUCACAUAUGUUUCUUUCUUCCUGAAUUGUGUUGUUCCAGGUUUUAAUGCAAAAGUUGUGGUACGAUGCAUAAACUGUUGGCUAGCAGCUGGUUGACAUUCCUUUAUUGUAUAAUCAGAAGCUGUUCCUAAAUGGCAAGAAACUGGUGUGAUGAGCUCACAAUGGAGGAUAAACUCUCUAUUGUACAAGAGCAGAGAGCUAAGAAUGCUGAGCUAAAGGCUAAAUCUCGGGCUCUCAAGUUGAAGAAGUUGAGUCUGAUUCUGAUAUAGAUCAAGCAGGUUUGGAACUUGAAUUCUGAUUUGUUUGUUUGCGUUUUUAUGCUAGGUGAAGCAGCAAAAGAUGUUGGAGUCAUUGUGCCCAUUGCUCCAGCUUCUGCAGAUGAUGAAGAUGGCCCUCCUGAGUAGAUCUCUAAUGAAGAAGCAGUUGCCAAGCAUCUGAAGCUGGAGAUGUCAAUUGCAGCCUCUGCCUCUGCCCGUGUCAACCCCUUUAGUGAAUCUACUCAGUAUUUCGACUGGCUUAACUUGGAGAAGACUUAUCGUGAACUGAGCCCUGCGGAGCAACAAUACUUUGUCACUGCUUCUCUCGCUGGCCACUUUGAAUAAAGGAGAAACCUUAAUAACUGAGCUUUGCGCCAAUAGUAUCUGGUUUCUAUAUGGCGGUGCAAAAUAAAUUUUUUUAAUUCUUCGUAACUACAAAACGCUAUUUUGAUAUGACUUGAAUAAUGUCUGGAUUCUACUUCUUGCACAAUCUGAUAUGUUUAGUGCCUUUCUUUUGGGCGUUACAUGCAUCUUUGCUUCUUAUUGCCUUGUCUGAGAAUAUUUUGUCAAACAUGAUUCAGUUUAAUUCUUUGUUUGAUGGGGUUAUAGGCGCA